CAACAUCCUGCGCUCUCUUCCUGAAACCCUCCCCUACGUCACUCUCCUACUCCCUGUUUCUCCAAAAUCAUCGUCUUUGUCACCAAACCCUCGCGGUGGGAAGACACCGCUGGGCGCCUUGGGUCCUCAUAAUAUCACAUGAGGUUCUUUCAGCCGCCUUUGUGUUAAAACUUGAAGGUAUGGUGGGUCUAUCAGUAGGAGAGAAACAGUUUAUACUUGGGGGGAUUGCACAAGAUCUUCGUUCGGACGGCCGGCAGCGUCUGCAGUUCAGACCUAUUUCUGUUCAAACUGAUGUUAUUCCACAGGCUACUGGUUCUGCACGGGUUACAUUGGGUGCGACUGAUGUCAUAGUUAGCAUUAAGGCCGAACUUGGGAAGCCUGUUCCUCUACGGCCAGACAAAGGAAAAGUUGCUAUUUUUGUUGAUAUGAGUCCAACUGCAGCACCAGUGUUUGAGGGAAGAGGUGGCGAAGAGUUAUCCGCUGAGCUCUCUGUUGUACUGCAGAGAUGCCUACUGGGUGGUAAAAGCGGGGCAGGUGCUGGUAUUGAUCUCUCAUCACUGAUGGUCGUUGAGGGUAAGGUUUGCUGGGAUCUUUAUAUUGAUGGACUUGUGAUAAGUUCAGAUGGCAAUCUGUUAGAUACACUAGCUGCUGCCAUCAAGGCGGCCUUGAGCAAUACAGCCAUCCCGAAAGUAAGCGUUUCUCUUGGAGAUUCAGCGGACCAGCCAGAGGUUGAUGUAAGUGAUGAGGAGUUCAUGCAGUUUGAUACAUCCGGGGUACCUUUUGUAGUGACUCUGACAAAGGUGGGCCAGCAUUACAUUGUUGACGCAACAUCAGAAGAGGAGUCUCAAAUGAGCUCUGCAGUUUCAGUUUCUGUGAAUAGGCAUGGUCGGGUUUGUGGGCUGACCAAAAGAGGUGGUACUGGCUUGGACCCAAGUGUUUUGCUUGACAUGAUCUCAGUUGCAAAGCAUGCCAGCGAAAGCCUGAUAGCUGUGCUUGAUUCUGAGAUUGCUGCUGCAGAAGCAGCUGAUGAUGAUGAGGCAACUUAGGAUGUUCAACCUUAUUUUAGAAAUUUUAAAAAUCUACUGCUAUCUUCAGGACCUUUUGUCAGUUAAUGGCUCUGUUUAGAGAUGAUUACUUUGAUAAAUGUCGUCUCAUCUUAUAAUGUAAUGACUAUUAGUUUAAUCAUAUUGUUUAAUUAUUUA